AUGCGGCCCGCGGGCCGCGUGUUUGACACCCCUGGUGCCGGGGGCAAAUGCACUUGCUGUGAGAGAGAGGGGAGACCUGUGCACCGCUGUGCUGCACUGUGCUUGGAUGUCCCUGGUUCACUCCUGAGGCUGUACCAUUCUUGCCCCUAUUACCAGGCCAGCAUCCAGGCCGCCGCCCUGCCUGGCACUGACGGCUGUCUGGCCUCCCCGAGGGUCCCUGCAGGACUGGACGCAGCGUGUGCUGGCGGGAGUGGUGCUGCGGUGGAGGUCGUGAGGCCAGGCAGCAGCAUGAGCGGCCGGCGGCGGCGGCAACAGCAGCAGCAGCAGCAGCAGCCAGCCUCAGGUGUGGGGAGGCACAGGUGUGGUGGCAAGAAUCACCUGGAGGCAGGCAGCUCUGUCCACAGAGGAGAGAGCAAGUUUGAGUGCCAGCAGUGUGACAAAACUUUUGUAUCCAGACAAGGCCUUGACUACCACACCCUGACACACAGUGGUGUUAGAAAUUAUGAGUGUGGUGAGUGUAGCAAGAAAUUUACAAGUAAGUCUAACCUCAACACACACACCCUGACACACAGUGGUGUUAGAAAUUAUGAGUGUGGUGAGUGUGGCAGGAAAUUUACCCACAAGUCUUACCUCACCACACACACCCUGACACACAGUGGCGUUAGAAAUUAUAAGUGUGAUGAGUGUGGGAAGAAAUUUACCCAAAAGUCUUCCCUCAACACACACACCCUGACACACAGUGGUGUUAGAAAUUAUGAGUGUGAUGAGUGUGGGAAGAAAUUUACCCACAAGUCUAACCUCACCAGACACACCCUGACACACAGUGGUGUUAGAAAUUAUGAGUGUGGUGAGUGUGGGAAGAAAUUUACCCACAAGUCUAACCUCACCACACACACCCUGACACACAGUGGUGUUAGAAAUUAUGAGUGUGAUGAGUGUGGGAAAAGAUUUCCUACCAUUUCUCGUCUCAAUGAACACGCCUUCAGACACACUGGGGUGAGGGAGUUCGAGUGUGAUGUUUGUGGCAAGUGUUUCAAGACAAAGGCUGAGAUUGCCCAGCACGUGAAGAUCCACUUCUGAGGUGGUGGUGUGUGGACACAUGGGGCCACACCUGUACCCGUGGUGAUGGUGGUGGUG